AUGCCUCUAUGUGCCAUCAUUACCGAGGUGGUACCAAUUCCACCUAUGGUGCAGAUACAACGCGUUGAAGCAGCCCAGUCCAAUUCUGAAGAUGGACUUCCGGAGUUUACACCGAUGCCCUGGUCGUUAAGCGAAAUUCGUACAGCAGUGCCACAGCGUCUCUUUGUGCGCCAUACGUGGAAAGGUCUCCUCUAUCUAUCGAGGGAUCUGUUUCUGUCUGCCCUAUGUUGGAAUCUUGCCCUUUAUAGCGACCCUUUCUUCAGGAGCCCAUACGUCACUCAGUAUCUGACCGUCAUUGGUGCUGAGAUGAUGCGCUGGAUUGCAUGGGUGAUUUACUGGUGGUUCCAGGGCCUCAUAUUCACCGGCAUCUGGGUUAUAGGACAUGAAUGUGGACAUGGUGCGCUUUCCGACAACAGACACGUUUGCAACCUCGUAGGAUAUAUCGUACAUACCAUCCUCUGGACACCGUACUUCAGCUGGAGGAUCUCGCACCAUCGGCACCAUAGCAAUCAUGCGUCCAUGGAGCGAGACGAAGUAUAUGUUCCCAAGACUCGAAGCGAUCUAGGUAUUCCCAAGGAGGGUGACCAUCCUUUCGACUAUGAGGACUAUUUCGGUGACACCCCAUUAUACACGCUUUUCAUGCUGAUACGCCAGCAACUUCUUGCGUUCCCUGCUUAUUUGAUCUGCAAUGUAUCGGGCCAAAAGCACUAUCCGAGAUGGACCAAUCAUUUUGAUCCACAAUCCAUACUCUUCACCAAGAGUCAACGCAACGUCGUUCUCAUCUCCAACUUCGGCAUCUUGUCCAUGAUCUAUCUCACCAAAAAGGCGUGCGAUGUAUGGGGAGCUUCAUUUGUAUUCAAAUCCUAUGGGAUUCCUUGGCUAUGCGUCACUCAUUGGUUUAUUAUGAUAACCUAUCUGCAUCAUACCGAUCCAGAGCUGCCCCACUAUCGGAACGCCCAAUGGAAUUUCCAGCGUGGGGCUGCAGCAACGGUUGAUCGUGACUUCCUUGGCUGGAUGGGUCGUUUCUUCCUGCACGAUGUGGCCCACUUCCAUGUCAUUCACCACUUUUUCCCUACGAUGCCCUUUUACCAUGGAUCAGAGGCUACAAAGUAUUUGCGAGCAUUUAUCGGUGAACAUUAUCGCUACUCCGACAAACCAGUCUUCAAGGCCCUGUGGCACAGUUACAAUGAAUGCCAGUUCGUGGAAGAUGAAGGGGACGUCCUCUUCUACCGUAACAAAAAGGGGAAAGCGAUUCUUCGGCCUGCCGAUGUUCUACGCGAUCAAGAGUAG